AUGACCCCUGUGGGGAAUCGGCCACGCACUACCAGUACCGGGAGCCUGAUCGAACAUCCACCGGAAACUCCACGAAGUUUUACACGACCCGACGGGGGAACAAGACGGGACUCUGCAAAACCGGAUUCUACCCGAAUGCUUGUCAUCGUGUCACCAGAUACUAUAAGAACAGACAGCAUGCAAACUGAUACAAUGCGAACAAGUACUCCUGCAAGAGAGAGAUUCGAUACCAGAAGCUUCAAUGAUUCGGGGACUAUGACCAAUGACUUUUCUGACGACUCUCGAAGUCCAAAUAAUCAAGACAGCCGAGGCUCGCUCGUAAUGCCAGAUCUCAGGUUUGAUGACGCAGCCGGACGGGUACCGAACCUAAUAUCGAACUUAAUGUCUGAGGAGAUGUCUGGCUCAAUGGCCUCUAAUGUUCUCGGGACAGACAAAACUUCCCGGUCCCCGAGGCUGGCUCAUAAGAGUGCCGUGUCAGACGCCGAAUCUACCGAGUUCGUCCAAGAGUGCUCGGGUCUCGUCCAAGACUGCUCAGGGCCGAAGGACGGAAGCGAAGACGGGGUAUCGAACCGUGGGAAUAUCCCUUUCGGCCGGGAUAUCCCUGCCGGAAUCACAGAUCCGGAUGAAAUGGUCAGUAGUGGCAGUAAUGGCCCAGCAAUGGAAGCCAGCCAGCGGGUUAACCGCACGCCGACCGACUCAGCAGCCGGCUCAGAAACGUUCGAGGAAAGUAGCAAGAGUGACCAGGAGCCCCCGCGACUAUCUUCGAGAAGCGGCUACUCCAGUCUCGCACUGCCUUCUCGUGGUGAAAACCAUCUGGAGGGAAGCCCCCUGCGACCGGGAUCGGGAAGUCUCAGCUUAGACGACCUGAGUGCGAAAUUGGACGGCCCCUACGGGUCCGCUGGAAACCUUAAGAGUGACUUUGAGAGUGACUGUAUGAGUGACCCGAACGAUGCUGCCCGAUACGCAGGUGAGUUCGAGGCACCAUUGAGUAACUCGGAAUCUCUCCAUAGUGAGGGGCUCACGGUUCCUGCUGCAGCCCGGUCAGCUGUUCCCAGCGAGUCAGAUGCCCCGACGGCUGCUGCAAACAACCUCUCUCCGAACGAGUUGUCCAGAGCCGACUUGUCAGGAGUCGGACCAGUGAGACUGGAGCGGGCGGCGGAGGACGAGAACUCCUCUUCACCAUCGGCCUCGGUUUCCUUGGCCUCCGUUCCGUCGGCGCCUGCUCCAUCGGCCUUCGCUCCAUCGGCCUUCGCUCCAUCGGCCUUCGCUCCAUCGGCCUCAUCCCGGGCGGCCUCAUCCCGGGCGGAGUCUUCCGAGGUAGGUGAGGCGAGUUACGAUUACGGGGAGGAGGGCGCAAGGACUGGGGCGGUCGGUAGGUCGCCGGAGGUAGGCGCGCAUGACUACCGUGACAGUUUCGGUUCGCCGGAAUUUGUGCGCCCGGAAUUAGUCUCGGACACACGCGAAAUGCAGACGGCCACGGAGUCGGCUCUGAGGAUCGACUCAGGCUUCUUGGAUGGUGAUGGUGAUGGGGCCGGGAGGUUUGACCAACCGGGGGCCGAGGGUGCGGUGGGGUUGACUGCGGCCGCGAGUCCGACUACGACUCUGACCAGUAUAAGUCCGACUACGACUCUGACCACUACGACACUGACUACCAGGAACAUUAGUCAGACCACCAGGAAUAUGACCGGCAGAAUUAUCAGAAAUUUGAGUACCAGGAGUCCAAACGGUGUAGGGUCGAACGGCGUGGGAUCGACCGCCGUAAGGUUGAGUCCAGCGAGGUUGGGUCGGGUAUGGAGCCCGAUGGCUCCGUCUUCCCGAGAAAACGAGAGCGGGACGAGUGUGGACGUGGUAGCCACGACACGUGAAGAUGUGAAUGUGGUUAUAAAUUGGAGUCUGGGUGUGAUCCAGAUAAAGAACAUGACGGUACCUUUCCGGCGUUGCGGUAUUCGGUGUGUGCGGGAGGACCGUGUAGUAUUGGAAGUCAAUUCGUGUGGGUUAUCAACCUGGACUUUGUUACCAGAGUGUCCUGUGCAUGGGCGUGAGUUGGUUGAGCGUUUGCAAAGUGUGGUCCGCCCGUGUGUGCGUGAACGACUUGUGUGCGGUGGCACGGUGCUGGCUGAGGGUCAGCGGCCGGGUGUGGGACAGAUGACCAUUGUGGCGACUCCGGGGGGUACAGGUGGCACGGAAUUGCUUUCGAACAGUGUCCGUGCACGCGUGCUGGCUGCCCUGUCCGCCCAGACACACAAGACUUGGUGGCAGCGCGUGACAGCACUCUGUCUGCACCCGGCACCGGAGGAAGAGUCGGCUACCUUCCUUACAAUUGGCCGAUUCCACACAAAUGGUCAGACGAACCAGGACGGAAAUUGUCUGGCAAGCAAUCCCAGGACGCCGGCGAAUUUCCAGUGGAACGCAGAGCCGAUGGCGCUGCGCAGUCUGUUGCUAUGUGCGCCACUCUGUGACGGCGCACAACCCGUGGUCGAGGACUGCCAGGCGCUCAUGGUAGGUGCGCUGCUGAAAAAAUUGACUGGCAACUCGCACUCGCUGGAGGCAGUCGCCUCGGGACCGCGACUAGCCCGAAGUGCGGCUCAAAUCCAGGGCUACCUGAACCGCGACCGAGGACGUACUGUGCGGAAGCUACCGCUGGUCGCCGUGCCCGCCUUCGACCCGGUCUUCGCCGCUGCCUGCGAAACUGACCCUCCCGACGUGGCGAGGCUUGCGGCGCAGGAGAUCCAGACCUUGCCGGAGAAGCUGGGACUGGUGGAAGCCGCACUUCGCGGUCAGGGGCCCAUCGUCAUGCGACUGGGUGGUGGUGGGCUCGCUCGUGGUGUGAACACUGCGGACUGUGUUGGCGACCCGCGACUCGACUCGGAAAGUGCGCAGGGCAGCGCUGCGCUAUUGCAGGCAUUUCGGUUUCCACACACAGACUCGGGCGCAUGGACUCGGAUUUUGGGGGUCUCGUUCGGACAUGCGCGGGCAAAAAUGCCCGCCAUCGAACGCGGUACCACGCACCAUGUAGCCGUGUUGCACAGCAACCUGCUCAAGCUCGCCUUCUUACACCUCACCGGCAUAAACAAGUGUGCCAUGCCCCAACUGAAUGUGCCGCACGCAGCCGUGCUGCCGCUAGGCCUCGACGUGCGCGGCACACCCUUUGGAAUCGUAGCCGACGCCGGCGCCACACUCGUUACGGAAGACUUGGACACGCUCACCUUCUCUCCCGAAUCUGCACACACUGACGCACGAGGCAGUCCACACGGCGCCAUCCCCCACAGCCAGUACCCCGGCAGCCUUGGCCAGUACCCCGCUGAGAAUGCCGCCGGCAUCGGCGCCGGUGCAGAUCCAGGCGGACUCGAGUUCAUCCGCGGCACCACCCCACCCAAGCAAGUGGUCCUCAUUCGCACUGGACACAACCGCUUCGAUCACGAAGACCAGGGACUCACGGACAUAGGAAGAAAGCAAAUUAGGGCUACCGCACGGUGGCUGGGACAAUGCUAUGACAAGGUAGAAGGGAUUUUGGGCCAACCCACCUACUGGUAUGCAGCCGGCUUGGCUCCAGCAGGCCCCACCGUGAGUAUCUCGUUGAAUGAGUCUCUGGACGUAUUCAAAGAAACGCUCACAACCUAUCUGCCUCUCUCCAUGUCUGAAAUGUAA